CCCACCCUAGCAUGAUGUCUUUGUUGCUGUCGCUCUUACCAUCGUGGUGUAUUAGUGAUCAACGUAGCGAACGUGCUGGUUUCUAACGUCGUUAUACUCCAGGACGCUGCUAAAAACCGUUAUACCAAAACAUCACCGCAAACUUCGUAGUUCGUACACAAUGGCAAAGGAAGAGAUCCACAAGUACGGCACCGAUGAUGGGUGGCAUGGUGUGAUCAAGGAGGGGGAAGAGUUUCCACCUGAGAAAGACAGGUAUCACCUGUACAUUGGCCUCUUCUGCCCCUUCGCUCACCGAGCCAACCUCGUCCGACACAUCAAGCAUCUCGAACCCUUUCUGCCAACUUCCAUUGUUCGGCCCUAUCCCAAAGGUGAGCCAGGAUGGCGCUUCGACGAGUCAUAUCCCAAUGCAACGCCCGACCAUCUCUUCGACAGCCGCUUCAUGCACCAAUUAUACUUCCGCGAUGAUGCGGCGUACAAAGGCAAAUACAGUGUGCCACUCUUGUGGGAUAAGAAGACGAACCGCAUCGUUAAUAACGAGAGCAUGGAGAUGCUGAAAUGGCUACCUCACGCUUUCGACAGCCUGAUCGAAGACGAGAAGAUCCGGAACAUCGAUUUCUACCCAGAAGAAAUGAUGAGCAAAAUCGAUGAAAUCACGCCCUGGCUCACAUCCCUCAUCUGCAGCGGCGUGUACAAAGCCGGUUUCAACACCACGCAAGAAGGAUACAACGAGCACGUCGUCCCGCUCUUUGCUGCGCUGAACAAGCUAGAGAAGCUGGUGCACAGCAAUGGCGGACCGUAUAUCUUGGGUGAGAGACUGACGGAACUGGAUCUUCUGGCGUAUCCGACGGUGGUCAGGUUCGAUACGGUGUAUGUACAGCAUUUCAAGACGAAUUUGGGGACAAUCAGGCAUGAUUACCCUGUUCUCAACAAUUGGCUGAAGAAUUUAUACCAUAGCGUGGAGGGGUUCAGGGAGUCGACUGAUUUCCAGCAUAUCAAGGAGAACUACACAAAGAGCCACAAGGACAUCAAUCCACUGUCGAUCACACCUAUGGGACCGUAUCCGGAAGUUGAGGAAGGGUAUGAGAGAGAUUGGAGUAAACUGAAGCCUGGAGAAGUAAAACACCCAUUGGUCGUCGAAGCGGGCAGUAAGUUGUAGACUAAUAGAACUGAAUGAUGACAGCGUAGGACACCUGCAACUGCUUGACCCAGAUGAGAUUUGGCGCACUGCAACACACUGCACAAAGCAAGCAAUGAAUCACUUGCAGCACUUCAAGUCCUCACACACACUUCCACAGGGCACACCACAUUUCUCCAGACUCGUCCUUGCAGUCGUCACUGC